AGCAGCAAAACUUCAGGCUGUCAGUGACCUCGCAGGAGCUGUCGGAUAACAGCUCUACUAAACCACGCAGCAGCGUUAUCUGCUGUGUUUUCUUCACCGUCAGUCAAGCUGUCCGAUCGGGUUUGUGAGUUACCAUGCACUGUCUGAGGGCGCUGCGUCUCUCCAACUCCGCACAGCUGAUCGUCAAACACACAGAUGCGGCGAAGAAGGUGUUCAUCAUCCAGCCAGCAUGUUGCCUGAGCACAAAAACAACAACAACAACGUCCCAGCGACCACCGUCGACACACUUGGAUCAUUUCCAAGUCAAAAUGAAUGGUUAUUCAAAGCCCCCCAGCUCGAGAGUGGAAGACAUGCUUUUCUACACCAUCACAGAUGGAAAAGAGCAAGUCCCCGUAACAUACUUUACCUCAGCCCUGAAGAAAACCGGCCUCCACCCGUCAGACCCUCGACUAAAGGACUGCAUGGAGAAGCUCCGACAGGCUGUGAAUGAAUCUAUUGGUGAGGUGAUGAUGGACAGAGAACUUUUCCACAGGUGUGUGGGUGGAAACAUCGUCCUGUUGAUCCAGGCCUUCAGAAAGAAAUUUAUCAUUCCUGAGUUUGAUGUGUUUGCUCAAAAAAUUAAUGAAAUCUACCACGCAGUGCAAAUCCAAAGUGAUGGGAAGGUUGCAGACUACAUCCCCCAGCUGGCCAAGUUUAGUCCAGAACUGUGGGGCGUGUCUUUGUGUACAGUGGAUGGCCAGAGACACUCCGUAGGCGACACCAAGCAGCCGUUCUGCCUGCAGUCCUGUGUGAAGCCCCUGCAGUACGCCAUCGCCGUCCACGAGGGGGGAACGGAGAAGGUCCACCGCUACGUUGGCAUGGAGCCCAGUGGAUUCAAGUUCAACAUGCUCUCGCUUGAUGAUGAAGAUAAGCCCCACAACCCCAUGGUCAACGCUGGAGCCAUUGUGAUCAGCUCUCUUAUCAAGCCUCGUUCAAAUAAGGCCGAGAAGUUUGACUAUGUUAUGGAGUUUGUGAAAAAGAUGGCAGGCCAAGAGUAUGUGGGAUUCAGCAAUGCCAUGUUCCAGUCAGAAAAAGAAACGGGCGACAGAAACUUUGCCAUCGGAUACUACAUGAAAGAGAAGAAGUGUUUUCCUCCGGGAGCAGAUAUGAUCGAUGCCCUGGACUUCUACUUCCAGCUUUGCUCCAUCGAGGUGACAUGCGAAUCAGGAAGUAUCAUGGCGGCCACUCUGGCAAAUGGCGGGAUCUGUCCAAUCACAGGCGAGCGUGUCCUGAGUGCAGAGGCCGUGCGAAACACUUUGAGUCUCAUGCACUCGUGUGGCAUGUAUGACUUCUCUGGACAGAUGGCUUUUCAUGUGGGCGUGCCGGCCAAAUCCGGGGUGUCAGGUGCCAUACUGCUGGUGAUCCCCAAUGUCAUGGGAGUGAUGUGUUGGUCUCCUCCUCUGGACAGAGUUGGAAACAGCGUCCGGGGAAUACACUUCUGUCUGGAGCUCGUUUCGCUUUUCAAUUUCCACAAUUAUGACAACUUGAGGCACUUUGUAAAGAAGCAGGACCCUCGCAGACCGGAUGGAGAUGACAGGAACAAGUCUGUUUUUAAUCUGAUGUUCGCCGCCUAUAGCGGAGAUGUGUCAGCCCUGAGAAGGUUUGCCCUGUCAUCUAUGGACAUGGACCUGAGAGACUACGAUUCUCGAACAGCGCUACAUAUCCUAGCAGCAUAUGGUCAUAUAGAUGUGGUGAAGUUCCUUACUGAAACCUGCAAAGUGGAUCCAUGUGUACAAGACAGGUGGGGGAACCUACCAGCGGAUGACGCCAUGCAGUUCGGACAUGACGAAGUGGUGAAGUUGCUGAAAGACUACCAGCAGGUCUUCAUGCAGCAGGAAACGCAGCACACUAAGGCCGAGCAUUCCCCGAAGCUGGACACCAUCGAGGGCAUGGUGUGACGUAUCCGAGUCCCCACUCUGUAACAUGUCAGGGCAUUUGUGCAAUCUGUCGUUUUUGAAAUACGGAGGUCCGUUUGCAGCACAUAAAAUGAGUGCGAACUAAGACCAGAAUAUGACUAUAUGAAUAUAAAUGAACUUUGCAAACGGCAGCAAAGGGAAAAGAUUCAUGAGUGAAAAGGAAAGAAAUGCUAGAAACAUGCAAGUAGAAUAUAAACUUGAUGGGGGGGGGGGGGGAAAUGCAAUGCAAACAAUAGGCAGAGAAAACAAAUAUAAAACAAGCCAAUAGAAUUCAACAUUUGUGGGUUUGUGUAAAGAAUAAAAUAUGCUGUGAACAGACUAAUUUAAAAUCAGUACUUGAAUACAUCAACCUGAACACAAUGUUCAUGUUAUGGUUAAAUGUAGCAGAGGGACUUGGUAAAUUCAAAAGAUGGAUAUUUAUUUUUGCAAGGCUUUACAUUACUUACAACAGUGUAUUUUUACCAUUAUCUAUUUUUAAUAUUCUAUUGUUGAAUCUUUGAAAUAUGUAAAACUAUAAUGUUUGGAUGUAAAAUCUCAAAUUUGGUGUAUUGAAAAAGGAGACAAGGGAAGGGAUUGCACCCAAUAAACUUAAUGUAGAAUAUAUUGUACAUAUUAUGUUCUUCGUUUGUAAAUAAGUGCACUUGAUUACAUAAUACAUUAUUAUGCAGUGUCAAGACAUUUAUGCAUAUUUUAACAUGUUCAUAAGCAAGAAAUUCCAAAGACUCAUUUGUGUAAAAUAUUUUGACAUCCAUUAAACAUUUUAUUUAUCUGCCA